AAAAACUUUUUUUUCCCUUCUCCCAGAAAGAUCAAAAUGACAGAGUACAAGCUUGUGGUGGUUGGAGCUGGAGGCGUUGGCAAGAGUGCCUUAACAAUACAGCUAAUUCAGAACCAUUUCGUUGAUGAGUACGAUCCCACUAUAGAGGACUCUUACAGAAAGCAAGUUGUGAUUGAUGGAGAGACUUGCCUCCUGGACAUCCUUGACACUGCAGGUCAAGAGGAAUAUAGUGCCAUGAGAGAUCAGUACAUGAGAACAGGAGAGGGCUUUCUGUGUGUAUUUGCCAUCAAUAAUACAAAGUCAUUUGAAGACAUCCACCAUUACAGAGAACAAAUAAAACGAGUUAAGGACUCUGAGGAUGUACCGAUGGUGUUGGUAGGGAACAAAUGUGACCUGCCUUCACGGACGGUGGAUACAAAACAAGCUCAAGACUUGGCAAGAAGCUAUGGGAUUCCAUUUAUUGAAACCUCUGCAAAGACAAGACAGGGUGUUGAUGAUGCGUUCUACACUUUAGUACGGGAAAUCCGAAAACAUAAAGAGAAGAUGAGCAAAGAUGGCAAAAAGAAGAAAAAGAAAUCCAAGACCAAGUGUAUAAUAUUGUGAAUAGCCUUUCUCCUGUCUAGGCACGCAUGUGAUCCUCUUGUAAAUUACACUAAAUUAUUAGCAAUUUGUUUUAGCUUUACAUUAUGGGAACUAUUGGCGUUUGCUCUAAAUGUUUCCUAUUUUUCAGUGGAAACCAUUUCUUCUCCCCGUGCCAGUAUUCCUUCAUGUUUCUGAAUGAGCCUAUGAGGCGCUAACUCCACAGCUAAUUAUGUCUGCAUGUAGCGUACUUUUAUGCCAAAAUGUUUGUGCAGAACAUGGGUCUGUGCUUUAUUUUUAUGGGGGGUUGUCAAAAGCAGUGUUUUUGCCAGGUUGCAUCAACUUGUCAACACUUUGCUCAUGGUUUAAAGAGUAAAACUGCAACACAUUUAGGCAAACUUGCAAAAAGGGGUUAAAGGAACUGUAUGCUGAAAGCCUGGUUAAGGGGCACUUUACAUCAAAAAUUGGAUCCCUAUAAAAUGUUUAUGCACAACAAUAAAAUAUUCAGUUUGUUUAAUUUUAUAAACCACUUUUCCUUUUGAAAAUUGUGGAAAGUUCUGUAUUCUAGAAAGGCUGGUGUGAAUUUUGUAGGAUUCAGACCUUACAACAUGCUAUUCAAUUUAUUUUUCUCUCCACUGCAAAGGCGAGAAGAGCUGUAAUCAAGGCUUUUCAAGGGGUAUAUCCCUGGACUGUAAAAUAAUGCACACGUUGCUGACACAACUUACUUUUAACAGCUUUAAGUAAAUUUACUUUGUGUGCAAUGCCUAAUUUAAUAUAUUUCUUUAUGGACUAUAUAUUAGCAAUGUCCCUUUAACAUCCUAAGCUACAGGGUCUAGAAUAAAUGGCAGACCCCUCCCCCCCCAUAUAUUUAAAUGACUGGACUGACUUUGCAAUGUGAUAAACACUAUACGUCCUAAUGGGGCACAGUUCUGUCUAGAACAUGUGUGUACAUGGUUGUUCCAAUACAGGCUCUUUAAUAAUAGCACUGGGAGGGUAGUAUGCUCGGUAUUGACGCUCCCAUGUCUAAUCGUGGGAAAUCUGUCUCUAGAAAUGAAAUAAACACAUAACUGCAUUUCAGUAGGGUACAGUCUAAUAGCGUCUACUGUAUCCAGCAAAGUGUUUUUAGUAAAACCCAUAAAGUACUGAUUACUAGAAGCAUUUUUUACAAGAACAUUUUAGAGGAUAAAGUUUUUAAUUAAAAAUGAAAUGCACUAAUGAGGUUUCCAAUUUUCUAUUAAAGCUUGUGUUUUUUUUUUUUAAUUUUUAUUUUUUUUAAAUACCCAUUUUAAGGAACUAAAGUGUUUUAUUUUUAAACUGAAUGUUCAAUUGAAACUUAAGAGACAGAUUCCAGGAUUUGAUCACCCCCUGGUGCUACAGAAUUCAUUAAUGCAGCUAAAAAUAAUGCUGAUUUGAACCUUUUUUCAUCCUUUGCAUACAAAGUUUUAUUUUAGUUAGAUUCCAGAACCUUUAGAUCAUUACCACUGAAGGCAGCACAGCCUUCAUUUGAUUUCUUCGUUAUGAAAUUGUAAAUUGUAUGUGGGUUUUUAAAGGGGGAAGAAUAAAAAAAAAAGCUAUUGGGAUCUACAGUGUAAACAUUUGUGAAACGGGUAAAGUAUUAAGGUUUUUUUUUAUAAAAUUAAAUCCGUGAAAAACCAUCCUACAAUGUGACAGUGGUGCUAGUUCACUUUGUUUUGAAAGUUGUCUUGGGAGGGGGAUGAACAAAUUGGAAAGAAGAUCCUUUUAAGUGUCCGUAUGUUUGUGCGAACUUUGUAAAAAGCUGCAAUGUAAAUAUUACAUUUAUGUAAAAGAUCCUUUUUUUUUUUUUUUGUAAUGUAUAUUCAAAAUGAGCAGAAUAUUUAACCACUUUCUUUCCUUGUAAAAAAUAAAUUUAUAUAUAAAUAAAAUGACAUGGGUUACUAGAGGUGAGACUUGUAAACUCAGAUAUUUUUUUGGCCCCUUAGUUGUAUUGGCACAAAUGUAAACCACUCCCUAAUUUAAACAUAACUCAACAAAUACUGAAUAGACAACCAAAAAGUCCUACUAGGUGUAAAUAGUGCAAACAAAUCUAUUCUAUGCAACUCUUAAUAUGAACUAUUUCAGUAUAAUGGUUCCUUCCCUUAGUUUGACAUUAUGUUACUUUAUUAAACAAAUCGGCCAUAACGUGUGUCUGUAUAUUCUCUUUCAAGUUUUUUUUUUUUAAUUAAAAAAAAAACUAUUUUUACUUUCACCUAUUAAAAUGCAGCACCAAACUCCAGAACAAUCUGAAUUAAAAUGGUACAGAUGUGUCAUUCUAACUGAUGAGAUCUAUUUACAUGUUGGGAAAGUGUGACUUGUGGGAACCUGAACCCAGUUUUUAAUAAAGAUUUGCACACUGUUCUUUAGAAUCCUAUUGGGUUCCUCUCUCAGUGUUGUAAAGUGUUUCUAGAACAACUUCAUUUAACUUGUGUUUUAGGUCUAUAAGGAUGUUGUAUUUGCCACCUGACAUCUAGUCACCAAACAGUCUGAGCCUUUCAAAUGGUGUAUAGGUCUGUCACUAAACCUAUUGCAUCUGCCUACUUGUCAUGGUAGUGCCCUACUGUACACUAGCUUGCAUAUCCCCGCAGGAUCAAGGCUUCCAGCAACUUUGUCCUGCUAAUCUAGAAGUAUAUUUGAAAAUGAUAAUAUGCAGUUGGUUUUUUUUUAAUGAGAUGAUUUUAUAUGUUGGGCUGGGCAUGUGGUUUUGUAAUGUGACCAUGAUCAGAUGUAGCACACUAAUUUACUAAAGCACCUUGGAAACUGGCGAUAUGCUUGUGCAUAAAUGUGUGAGGCCCAGGUCUUUACGCAGAACCUUCUAUAAGCUGCACAGUUUACUAUAGUGUAUCAUCCAUUAUCUUGAAUUUCAGUUUCUUCAUCAUCAGAGCCAAUGUCUUUCCGUCUGCAUUAGCAGAGGAACCUCCUGUGUCCAGCCCCCCUCAAGCAUGAAGGGUCGUGAUGCAACGUUUACCUGGAAUGUAUUUUAACUAGUUUUGUAUAAACCAUGCACAUUUUGUACAUUUGUGCGUUUGAGGUGUGUGUGUGUGUAUUCAGUUUAUUGGUUUGUUUUUUACUAAAAUUUCUGAAUUGCUGGUCAAGAAAUAACUACAAAUUAAAUGGCCACUAUUCUAAUUACAUUUUUUUUCAUAUUUUAUAGGAGUAUGUUCUGUAUGAUUGUCACUUUAUUUUUUGUCCAAUUGUAAUUCUCCUAUUUAUUGUAAUAAACAAGUUAUUGUGA